AGACCAUCAUCCUUCCACAACUCAGCUUCCCACUCAGACGCCCCUUUUCAGCGAAGAAGCUUCCAAGGCGAAAGACGCGUCCCCUACAGCGCGAAUAGGCUACACGCCGUGCCACGGUGUCUGCUUGAGAUUGUAGCCUACACCGUGUCAAUGGAUUUCAUUCCGAUUUCAAACAGUAUUUUGGAAUUUAAAAUAUUGAAAGGCAAUUGACUUCGAUGUCAACACUGCAGCACGGACUUGCUCUUGGGCCUGGAAGAGUGACAGCGGGUUCAUGUGAUGGCAGAGCUUGUAGAGAGUGCAUACUGGAGCCAGGGGAGCUGAGAGCCUGUGAUGUGCUGAAUCCACCACAGGCUGGGGAAACUGCAAAGCCUUAAGAGGAUGGACCUCCCCAACUGCACAUUAGGGGCGCUGGCCUCAAACAGCUGUGUCAGCGAUGACUCCCUGGACACUGCUGGAACACCUCCUAAAAAGAUCAUGCUUACCUUGACGCUGUCUGUGCUUGCCGUUGUAACCACGGUCAUCAACUGCCUGGUCAUCACCACCGUCAUAGUGACCCGCAAGCUGCACCACCCGGCCAACUACCUCAUCUGCUCCCUGGCCUCCACGGAUCUCCUGGUGGCCGUGCUGGUCAUGCCCUUCAGCAUCAUCUACAUCCAAAAGGAGAUCUGGGUCAUGGGCCAGAUUGUGUGCACCAUCUACCUGAGUGUGGACAUCACCUGCUGCACCUGCUCCAUCCUCCAUUUGGCCGCCAUCGCCAUCGACCGAUACAGGGCCAUCACGGACGCCGUGGAGUAUGCUCGCAAGCGAACCGGAGCCAGGGCGGCGGUGAUGGUGGCCGUGGUGUGGGGGCUGUCCAUCCUGAUCUCCCUGCCCCCCUUGCUUUGGCGGCACUACAGUGGCGACGCAGAGCAGGAUGACCAGUGCAUCAUCACCUACGACCACAUUGCCUUCACCCUGUACUCCACGUUGGGGGCGUUCUACAUACCCCUGCUGCUCAUACUCAUCCUGUACUACAAGAUCUACCGCGCCGCCCAGACGCUGUACAUGCGCCGGGAGGCCAGCCGCGCCAGUCGGUACUCCUGCAUGACCAACGGGAGCACCAUGCCCUCCUCGUAUCCCGCCGGCGACGGCAGCCCGUUGCCCCAGAGCCCCGUGGUGCCCCAGGACAAGUCUUUCUCCGACCCGUCGACCGAGGACCGCGAGCGUGACCGCACGCGCGUCGCCGCCCGGGCCUGCCGGAGGAAGUCGCGUCGGAGCGAGUCAUGCCGCAGCGAAUCGUACCGCAGCGAGUCUCGACGGGGAGCGUUCGGUCAGGGUCCUCGGAUCUCGGGCACGCGAGAGCGCAAGGCGGCGUCCACGCUCGGCAUGAUUUUGGGCGCGUUUGUCAUCUGCUGGCUUCCCUUCUUUGUCAAAGAGGUGAUUGUCAACACCUGCGCGUCUUGCAGUAUCUCAAUGGAACUGGCUGACUUUCUGACGUGGUUGGGCUACCUGAAUUCUCUUAUCAACCCGCUUAUCUACACUAUCUUUAAUGAGGACUUUAAAAAAGCUUUUCAAAGACUGGUUAGAUGCAAUCAUUACUGAUGGACUGAUGGACUGUAUGCAAACAUACAUAAGUGCACAAUUAGCUCGUAGAGAGUAUUCUGGUGAAAAUAAUGAUGGAUGAGAUACUGUCAAGAUGUGUCACUUUUCAAAGAUUAAAUGAUCGGUGCCCGGUUCUUCCUGACACACAUUUGGUCGGUCAUUGCAAAUAGCGGGAGCUUGGCGGUUGAGCUCUGCAGAGACAUAAUUACAGAUAGAAAUCCAGACUUUGUAUUAAUAGACACUUAAAGAUCUCCUCAACGUUAAUUGAAGUCUGUUCUGACAUCGAUCCUAGGAGAAUUUAAUUUGAUUCAAGUGGGAUGAGACAUUGUCAAGCCAGAUAAUUGGCAAAAAUGACCAUUAGCAACCAAUUUUAGGGGAUCGAGGCAAAAUGAACGAACCUCAUCUCAAGGUUUUCAAAUUGCCAAUCUUUACGCCUGUUAUCAUGUUCAUAAUGGUUAGGGGAGGUUAUAGUACAUAACUAAUAUAUUUUUUAACAUUUAUUCAGCUUUGUUAGUG